CAGAUAUAAAAGGACUCAGAGGAAAAGGCGAUUAUCGAGAAAUUCUAGUCAGUUGGGAGUACCCAACAAAGUCUUGGUUCAUGAUUCAAUACUGCGAGGUUCAAGCGUGGGGUCCUUCCAGAUGCAAAGCAAAGGUUGUUGAAGCUGGAGUCGGAGUGGAGAGAAAUGGUUCUGUCCAAUACUCCUUGGUCAUCAGCGGACUCAGAAUGUCCACCAACUACUCGAUAUCGGUCGAGGAAGGAAGGAGAACAAGGAGAGUUGGGCGAAGCCGGACCAUCUUAGUGGCUACCAAAGGAUUUUCUGCACGGGCUGUGAGUUGCCUACCAGAUGUUUCUGAAGUGGAAGUUGAAACUGGUCCCUACUUCCAAGGCAGAAUUGGGGUUGAGUCUGGUCCUUGUUCUAUUGAUGGAGACCCUAACAGCCCUAAAGACACUUACCUGCUACGAAUCCAACAUGCUGAUUGCGGUUCUGCCUCAAAUGACACAGCAGUAUCCACUUUUGUUCUUGUUCAGGAAUCUUCCCAUAUACUGACACAUUCUACUCGUAGAUUUUUAGUUUUAUGUACUUUCCAGCCAGAAACUCUGACAGUGCGGGCAGGGUUAAAUUUACCUCAUACAGCUGAUGGAAUGGUUGAACCCAGCCUCAGUGACAUAUCAGAAAAUGAGGUUCAUGCAGCCCCAUUAAUGCAAGAUCAACAAAAAGAAGCUGGAAGCAAAGAUGUUGGAACAGUUCUUGGAACAAUUGGUGUUGUUAUUGGCUUGGUGGCUGUUGGAUUGUUUAUGUGGAAGUAUCUAUCACCAAAAUUCUUAGCAGUUGAUGAAGGGGAGAGGAGAGAAUAUGACAAUUUGGAAAGUUCUAAUGCAGAUGGAGGAGAAUCCAGGCAAGAAGACAGUACUGAAACAGUUUCAGCAGAAGAAAAAGAAAAUUCAAACACUCAGCCAAAACAAGAAGGAACAGUCAUUCAAGAAGUAUCUGAAUAACUUGAUAAUUGUUUCAUUAAUUUACUAAAAGAUAUUAGAAAUAUCAAAUAACUACACCGUGUGAAAGUAGAAUGUAGAUUAGAAAAAUUAGCUAGGUCACUACAAUAUUUCAUGCAUUAAUUGAUCAUCAAAGAAAAUACAAUGAUGCCAUAGAAAUAAAUACUCUUUACUAUUAAUAUGUUACAAUUCAAAGUUUAAAUAGCUAUUACGUUAUUCCAAAAUCCUCUAGAAUAGUAUAUGAUUAAGUAUUAUAGUCGAUAAAGUAUUAAUACCUUAAAAUGUUAUUAUAAAACAUAUUAUGUAUUGUGAUUUAUAUGUGUAAUGAUAUUGUGUUAUUAGACUUAAGUUGUUUUUCUCUUAAUGUAUUUCAAGGUAAAUGGAUUUAAUUUCAAACAGUAGAAAGACUGACUGAACUUUUCCUAUUUUUUUUCUUUUUUUAAGUAUUAAUUAUUUAUUUCUGUAUAUUUAGAUCUGUAUAUAUUUUAGUUUUAAAUUAAUAGUUAUUGUUGUUUUAAACUGUUUUAUGAUUAAAUAUUAUGUUUUAAAAUAAAUUCUGAAAACUUACUUAUAUUCAUAUCCAAAGCUAUACAGCAACCUGACCUAGGGUAAAUGCACCAGUUAUGGACAGUUUGGACUUUAAAUGUAAAUAAGAAGCUUCCUUGUUGAUUUUAAGAUACCAGUUUUUUCUAUAUUGAAGAACGAUUCCCUUUAUUGGUAACUGUAUGAUCAAAGUUCCCAAAAGAAGAUUAUAG